AUGUGCGUAUAUUGCAUUUGGUACGGGAUCCCAGAGGGAACAUCAACUCGAAUAGACAUAAAAUGGAUUAAGGAUUUUCCGAAUCCACAUCUAGGCAAAACCGCAAGAGAACUGUGCAGUACAAUCGCAGAAAAUCUAGCGUAUGCAAAAACGACGCUGAAAAAAUUCAACCUCGAUCACCGAUAUAAAGUAGUUUUGUACAAGCAGAUAGCCGAUGACCCGCUAGGUACUGCGAGGGAUAUCUACAAAUUUGCUGAAUUUUCAAUGCCACUGGAGACAGAGAAAUGGAUAUUGGAGAGCACCAGGCCGAACGGAGAUCAACUGAAAAAGGCGCUUGAAGAUCCUUUUUCACCGGUGAGGAACGCAACGGGAAAUGCUGAUAAAUGGAGGAAAGAUGAGUUCUUUGAAAGGAAUCAAGUCGUAGAGAAUGAGUGCAGAGCUCUGAUGGCUUUGCUGGGCUUAGAAAAGGUUUCUGAACCUCAG